AUGGAACGUGUAUUGGCUGAUGUACUUAGAGAUCAAAGAAAUUUGGGCAACAAGGGUGACAGAGGUUGGAAAAGGUCAGCAUUGAAUGUUGCAGCCGCAGUGUUAUCUACAAGCUUCGAUGUUAAUGUCACAUUAGAUAAUGUCAAAAACCAUAUCAAAUUAUGGAGAUCGUGGUAUGGUAUUGUAAGUGACAUCCUUGGCCAGAGUGGAUUUGAUUGGGAUGGAACUAAGCACAUGAUCACAGUUGAGAAUGACAAUGCUUGGAAUAAAUAUUGCACUUCGCAUAAAUCGGCUAAACCGUUUCGAUUCAAGGUGCUUCAAACUUGGGAUGAUAUAGUGGAUUUGUGUGCUAAAGAUAGAGUCACCGGUCAUGGAGAUGCUAUGGAUGCUGAUGAAGCGAUGAGUAGAGAAACAAAUGAAGUGGAAUUCAUGGGGUUAGGUGCUACUGCCAUAGAUUUAGAAGAACCAAGCUCUAAUACAAAAGGAAAAAGACAAGGUUCGACUUCUUCUGGGAGAAAAAGAAGGAAUAGCAGCUUCUUUGGAUAA